AUGCUGUACCUCGUUGGUCUCGGUCUCGCAGACGAAAAAGACAUAACAGUCCGCGGACUGGAGGUUGUCAAGUCCGCUUCGAGGGUCUAUCUCGAAGCUUAUACGAGUAUCUUGCUGGUCGAGAAGGAGAAGCUAGAAGCGUACUAUGGCCGUCCUGUGAUUGUCGCAGACCGUGAACUCGUCGAGACGGGCAGCGACGAUAUUCUCGAAAAUGCCAAAGAGGUCGAUGUUGCGUUUUUAGUUGUCGGGGAUCCAUUUGGAGCAACGACACACACAGACCUCGUCCUCCGAGCCCGCGAACUCGGCAUUCCCACCAAAACCAUCCCUAACGCCUCCAUCAUGUCCGCCAUCGGCUGCACAGGCCUACAACUCUACAACUUUGGUCAGACCGUCAGCAUGGUCUUCUUCACCGAAACCUGGAAACCAUCCUCGUACUACGACCGCGUCAAAGAAAAUGCGCAGCUGGGACUGCACACUCUCGUUCUGCUAGACAUCAAAGUCAAAGAACAAUCGCUCGAAAACAUGGCGCGCGGACGAAAGAUUUACGAACCGCCGCGAUACAUGACUGUUGCGCAGUGCGCGAGUCAGAUGCUGGAGACUGAAGAGGAGAGACAGGAGGGUGUCUAUGGACCUGAUAGUCUUGCCAUUGGCGCUGCGCGUGUGGGAGCUCCCGAUCAGAAACUCGUCGCGGGAACAUUGAAGGAGUUGACGGAAGUGGAUAUGGGAAAACCGCUUCAUAGUUUGGUGUUGCUCGGUAAAAGAGCGCAUGAUCUAGAGAGGGAUUACAUUGAGCAGUUUGCGGUUGAUAAGGAGACGUUCAAUGCUGCGUGGAAAAAGGGAUAUAGCCAGGCUUAG